UGGUACGCAUGCGUGUUGAUAGAGCGCACGGGCCGUGGAGGUUUGACUGGGGAUUUCUUCAGUUGGAUUGAGGCGAGUUGUCAAACUGUCCUGUUUCACAAUCAAUGUCUUCCGACGUUGCAAAUUUUAUUCAUUGACUUAUUUAUAUUUUUCGACUCAUUGAACGUAUGGCCGGGAAAGUAAAAUGGGUGACAGACAUUGAAAAAUCGGUGCUUGUGAAUAAUUUUGAGAAGAGGGGCUGGUGUCAGACUUCAACUGAUGAAGACUGGAACUUCUACUGGAUGAGUGUACAGACAAUUCGAAAUGUUUUCAGCAUUGAAAAUGGCUACCGUCUGAAUGAUGAUCAAAUCGUGAACCAUUUCCCAAACCAUUAUGAGUUGACAAGGAAGGAUCUUAUGGUAAAGAAUAUCAAGCGAUAUCGCCGAGAGCUGGAAAGGGAAGCAAGCCCACUUGUGGAGAAGGAUGAAAAUGGGAAAUAUGUUCAUCUAGAUUUUAUCCCUGUCACAUUCAUGCUGCCUGGGGAUUACAAUUUGUUUGUUGAGGAAUUUCGAAAGAACCCAACUAGCACGUGGAUAAUGAAACCAUGUGGAAAGGCUCAAGGGAAGGGAAUUUUCCUCAUCAAUAAACUUUCUCAGAUUAAGAAGUGGUCACGUGACAGCAGGACUACGACGUUUAUAUCUCCUGCUGGGAAGGAGGCUUAUGUCAUUUCAUUGUACAUAGAUAACCCACUGCUGAUCGGUGGAAAAAAGUUUGAUUUACGCUUGUAUGUACUGGUGACCUCCUAUCGACCAUUAAAAUGUUAUAUGUAUCGACUAGGAUUUUGUCGUUUUUGUACAAUGAAAUACACUCCGAGCACCAGUGAAUUAGAUAACAUGUUUGUGCAUCUUACAAAUGUAUCUGUGCAGAAACAUGGGGGUGAUUAUAAUCCUAUCCACGGUGGGAAAUGGUCAGUAAGCAACCUGCGACUGUAUCUGGAAAGUACACAGGGGAAGGAUGUAACUGAUAAACUCUUUGAUGAUAUUCACUGGAUAGUCGUUCACUCACUGAAGGCUGUGGCGCCUGUUAUGAUUAAUGAUCGACACUGCUUUGAAUGUUAUGGUUAUGACAUCAUCAUUGAUGACAAACUGAAGCCAUGGCUCAUUGAGGUGAAUGCAUCCCCUUCUCUUUCUUCUACCACUGCCAAUGACCGUAUUCUGAAGUACAACCUCAUCAAUGACACCUUAAACAUUGUUGUACCAAAUGGAGAGAUGCCGGACUGCAAAUGGAGCAGGUGCCCUCCAAAGGAAGCACUUGGACACUAUGAUCUCUUAUAUGACGAAGAGCUGGCUCAAAAUGAGGGUGUGGAAUGUGAGGGGAAGCCUCGUAUGGGGGCUUCUCUCAACAAAGGCAAUCGGUUGAAGGAUACCAGAAAGCCAUUUUCAACGUGGAAAUAAAAUCGGUUUGAUAUUAUAUCACUAAAUAGAUGCCUAGCACUAAAAAUGUUUCUCGGAUAGACCAGUGUUCAUUAAAACCAUUCGAAUUGCAGAAUUAAAGCUGGUUAAUUUUUGGGAUGCUAUUUCUGGACUAAGUUGACAUGUUUUUAAUACAAAUUGGUACAACUGAUAAAUCUGGACUUGCAUUAUAGUAUUGCAAACUAUUUUCACUGAAUUCAAGGGACUAUCAGUUUGAUUGACCUUGCAGUUAAUAUGCAAAAAUUACCAACUUAUUGGUUGGCAAGAGGAGGAAGAUGUAGGUUUACUAAUUAUACCAUCCUAUAUCAUAUUCAGAUCUUCACAUGGUAUAAAACUAUAAUUGCAUUUGUUUUUGGGCUAUGUACUCCCACUGCAAAUAUGGUCAAUUAGAGCCCACACUGGUGCAGAUGCCCAAAGCCAUCAGUCACCUGUGACCUGACCUGUACGACCAGUAUGCUUUUGCACAUCUGCAGUUGACUUCAUAGUUUCAGUGCGUAGUCACCUCCCACAUGUGUACAAGUCAACAGCUCCCUCCUCACAUCUCUACACACUCCUCUGUAGACAUUUGAAAUAUUCAGGAAUAGUCCUGAGAUCAAGGGCUAAAGCAGAGUCUGCUCCAGCCUUCCUGUCGACAUCAGCCAAAAUCCAAAACACCCAGUCUAACCCCAUUUUCUUUUUUUUUGUUUUGAGAGAUGUCAGUAUUUUUGUUCUGCACCAUAAUUCAGUUAUUUCCAUUGCUUGUCAGUGAUGUAGAACCGCAACACUGUAUCUCUGCUCAUGAGCACUCGCUGACCUUCUGCUUUAAAAUGUCUCUGGCCGCUGAAAUAAAAGCCCUGGGAGACGGGUGGCCUGCACGAAGCCGCGGGUUAACACGCAACACAUAACUGGAUGCUAGGUAGUUAAAAAGGGAAUAUUGGAAAACCAUUCAAGUGUCAACUAGCUAGUGAGGUAGUGUAUUUUUAAUUUAAUUGUGAUGUGUCCACCAUUCAGCCAAAGAUCUAUUUAAGCUGGAAUCAAGCUUUGUAAUGAUAUUGUAUGCUGUUUAGUUUGUGCAGGGCAGCUGCACCCAUGCUCUCUACAGUACAUUUGUAACCACCUGGAAAUACCAGCAGGCAGUGCUGUUUGUACUUAUAUUUGUAUAGUUUUUUUUGCUUUUAUGGAUACCCAAUGUAAAGUUACAAGUACCAAAUUGUAUUUAAUGGUUUUGGCAUUUGAGUUGUGUGCUGUUCUGAUAUCAGCUGUAAUAUUCAAAGUUGUCCAGGAAUUUUGUUUACUACAGAAACUGCACUGGCGUUUAUUUAUUUAUUUUCACCUAGAAUAUACCUCAUUAUAUUUAACUUUAUGGCUGAUGUUUUUCAUACCUAUCCACAGAAUCUAAUAAAGACAAACCACUGUUAUUGUACAAA